UGAUUGGAUAGAUAAUAAAUUUAUCUCAAAAAUGAAUCAUCUCCCUAAAUAAAAAAACUUAUGGCGAUUUAAUUAAAAAAUAGACGUAAAAAGAAACAAAUCCCCUAUUUUGAAUCCCCCCUUAAACAAAAGGACCAUUUUUGUCAUUUUCAAGCAGAUAAAUACUGUGUACUAUUUCAUUUCUCCCCUUUGCAAAAUAUUGUUGUAGAAUCGUCCAAGUAUAAUCACUAUAAUCACAAAAUCCAUGUCGAUUCUAUGGGAGAAGAGUGGAACAUGGCGAUGGUUAGUGAGGAAAACGAAGGAAUCGAAGCCGUUCUUCAUCGGAUUUGCUACCGUAUGCGGCGUUGUUCCGGGGAUUAUUGGCUUCUGCGUUAUGUCUGCUACUAAUACUCGUAAUCCUGAACUUGAAGCUAAACUACGGCAGAAUGCUCGACCUGAAACCCUAAUGAUGGGUAAAGUUAAUAAAGAGAGAUUGGCUGAGUACCUCGGCGAACUCCAGAGAAAGGAGAACACAAAUGACAGAUAUGUUGCAGCUCUAAAGGGCGAAACAAUGACAAGGAAACCUUACCAAAGAAUUCAACCAGUCCCAAAUGCUAAUGAUACUGAAGCAAAGAAAGAACAAAAGUAGAUCACGGCUUAACCGGUUUUGUUGCUUUAGUUUCGCAUUUCUACCAUAUAUUAGUUCUAGUGUAACCUUGUUUACAUGCAUUGUGAUAUUGCAUUGGGCGUGCAAGGAUUUGAUGUAGUUUACUACUUACGAAACUGUGAACUUGAAUGUAUAUUUUCAAGAAUAUCCUUUUUUGAAUGUGUGAAAAUGCACUUCUAUUUAUUUUGGCA